AUGGAGACCGAGAAACUGAUAGAAGAGUCAGAAGGAGAAAUUGGGAAGUGUGUCGGGAUUCGGAGAGGUCCCUCCCCGCAGGAACCCCACCCCUUUCCACCUCCUCGCUCCACUCCUUUUCUCCUCGACCGUCAGUCUCUCCAUUUCCCCUCCUGGUCCUGUCCUCCCUCCCGCCUCUCGCGCGCUCCCUCCCCUCGCUUUCAUCCUCCUAUCCCCACCUCGCCAACCUCCGCUUUCAUCCCCCUCCCCUCUCCUCUCCUCCCCGCUCCCGCCAGCCCCACCCCUGGGAAGCCCCUCCCGUCGGGCAGCGCCGCCUUUAUAAGCGGGUUCCCUGCCCGGGGGCGGCAGCGGCUGGUCGGCGGCAGCUCUGCUGGUGCGGGGGCGGCGAGCCGAGGACCGAGCGACCGCGGCCGGAGCGCGCCGGCCACCGCCCGCACCGCCCUUCCGCCCGCCCUCCGGACGGCCGCAGCCCUGCGGGUCUCCGCUCCAGACCCACCCCCGCCCCACCCCGCGCGCCUCUGCCGCCUCUUCCAGAGACCCAGCUUGCUGAGCGGCCGCCGCUGCCGCUGUCGCCGCCGCCGCCGCCACCGCGCCAGGUUCCGGCCGCGGCCACCCUCCGCCGUCCAGGGCCCCUCCGUCCCGGCCCCGGGACCCCGGCUCCCCGCCAGCCCCGGCCCCGGCCCCGGCACCAUGUCGGAGAAGAGCGUGGAGGCAGCGGCCGAGUUGAGCGCCAAGGACCUGAAGGAGAAGAAAGAGAAGGUGGAGGAGAAGGCAAGCCGGAAAGAGCGAAAGAAAGAAGUGGUGGAGGAGGAGGAGAACGGAGCUGAGGAGGAAGAAGAAGAAACUGCUGAGGACGGAGAGGAGGAGGAUGAGGGGGAAGAAGAAGAUGAGGAAGAAGAAGAAGAUGACGACGAAGGGCCCGCGCUGAAGAGAGCUGCCGAAGAGGAGGAUGAAGCGGAUCCCAAGCGGCAGAAGACAGAAAAUGGGGCGUCGGCAUGAGCCCCCCCGCCAAUGGGCUGGGGUGGGAGGCCCCUCGGGGCCUGGAGGUGGGGGUGGGAACAGACGAGUGCAGCCACUCUUCACCUGGUUCCUUGCUCUGGGCCCUGCACCAGAACUGCCACCCUCUUUGUCCCCAGCCUUCUCAUGUCCGCCUCUCCAGACACUGCCCCUUCCAUCCUCACUCUGCCAUUGUUCCACCUCCCGACCUGCUCCAUCUGAGCUCCCCAGCUGGUCCCCAAUUGCUCCUCUCCCUGUCUUUGCUCUCCUCUUCCCUUCCCCACCCCUCCUCGGGUAGCCUCUCCUCCCUCACCUCUGCAUCCCAGCCUCAUGUCCUGCCCAUCCCUACCCUGCCUGAUCCUUGAGUCUCCCUCAGAUCCCCUUCUCUCAGACAGCGCCAGGCCGGGGUGGGGCCAGGGUUGGGGCCGAGCCCCACAGCUGCCCUCCUCCCCUCCCCUCCCCUUUUUGUAUAAUUUAAUAAAGAAACGGUCGCGCUUCUGUUUUUAA